UGAGAGUCGCCUAGAGCUUUCCAUCGCGAGUGAAUGAGAGAAAGCUGCGCCUUUGCGGUGAAUCAUCUAACAGUCGUUGUAGCAGCGUACUAACUGCUAGCUCACUAACUGGGCUAUAACCAACAGCCGGCUAACAGUGCUAGCCUGAGUGAUAUAAAGUUCAAAGUGCCACAGAGCAAGUGGAACUACAUGACAAUUACUAAGGGAACUACUACCAUCCACAGCAGAAGCAAUCACAGCAAUCGCAAAACAAGCAACAAAAUGACAAACUGCCAAAGUUCAGUGUUCAUAGUCGUAGGCACCCUGCUUUCCAUUCUGGCAGCGGCACAAGCGGCACCUGUCUCCACCACCACACAGGCCGAGAUCUACCUGUCCCAGUUCGGCUAUCUGCCCGCCUCAGCCCGCAAUCCGGCCAGCAGUGGGCUGCAUGACCAACAGACCUGGGUGAGCGCCAUCGAGGAGUUCCAGAGCUUUGCGGGUCUGAACAUCACUGGCGAACUGGACGCCGAGACCAUGAAGCUGAUGUCCCUGCCCCGCUGCGGUGUGAGGGAUCGCGUGGGCGCCGGCGAGGGUCGGUCCAAGAGGUAUGCCCUCCAGGGCAGUCGGUGGCGGGUGAAGAACCUCACGUACAAGAUCUCCAAGUACCCGAAGCGGCUAAAGCGCGUCGAUGUGGAUGCUGAGAUUGGACGCGCCUUUGCCGUGUGGUCCGAGGACACCGAUCUGACCUUCACCAGGAAGACCUCUGGACCCGUGCACAUUGAGAUCAAGUUCGUAGAGAGUGAGCAUGGUGAUGGCGAUGCUUUUGAUGGCCAAGGUGGCACCCUUGCCCACGCCUUCUUCCCGGUCUUUGGCGGAGACGCUCACUUUGAUGACGCUGAGCUGUGGACCAUUGGCUCGCCCCGAGGCACUAAUCUCUUCCAGGUGGCCGCCCACGAAUUUGGUCACUCUCUUGGACUUUCGCACUCCGAUCAGAGUUCGGCAUUGAUGGCUCCCUUCUAUCGCGGCUUUGAGCCUGUCUUCAAGUUGGACGAGGACGACAAGGCGGCCAUUCAGUCACUGUAUGGCAGGAAGACGAACCAGCUGAGGCCCACCAACUUGUACCCACCCACCACACAGAGGCCAUCGUUCUCGCCCCAGGUGCCCCUGGAUGACUCCAUCUGCAAGGACUCCAAGGUGGACACGCUCUUUAACUCGGCGCAGGGCGAGACGUACGCCUUCAAGGGCGACAAGUUCUACAAGCUGACCACGGAUUCGGUGGAGGAAGGCUACCCGCAGCUCAUCUCCAAGGGCUGGCCAGGAUUGCCCAGCAAUAUCGAUGCGGCGUUUACGUACAAGAACGGCAAGACAUACUUCUUCAAGGGUACCCAAUACUGGCGCUACCAGGGCCGCCAGAUGGAUGGUGUCUAUCCGAAGGAGAUCAGCGAGGGAUUCACUGGCAUUCCCGAUCAUCUGGAUGCGGCUAUGGUUUGGGGGGGCAAUGGCAAGAUCUACUUCUUCAAGGGCAGCAAGUUCUGGCGCUUCGACCCGGCCAAGAGGCCGCCCGUUAAGGCCAGCUAUCCGAAACCCAUCUCCAACUGGGAGGGAGUGCCCAACAACCUGGAUGCUGCGCUCAAGUAUACCAAUGGGUACACGUACUUCUUCAAGGGUGACAAGUACUAUCGGUUCCACGAUGCCCGAUUUGCGGUGGAUACGGCCACGCCCCUCCCCAGACCCACCGCCCACUGGUGGUUCGGCUGCAAGAACACGCCCUCGUCCACAGGUAAUAUCGUCGAGGGUUCGGACUCUGAGUUCGAACAGCACUCCCUGAUCCCGCACGCCGAGGAUGGUAAUGGUGACUUUGACGCAGCCGUUGGCGAUCACCAAUCCAAUGACGAACCCUUCGAGCCGGAAACGGCCGAGCGAACCGGAAAUGGAGCCAUAUCGCUUAAGCAACUGACGAGCACGUCCGCCGUUAACACUGUGAUCACCACCAUCCUGAUGUGCCUCGUGUCCAAGUUCAUCGUUAGCUAAAAGAGCCACACAGAUCCUAGUGACCCGUAGGCAGUGCAUUUUGUCAACCGUAGGAACAAAGAAAUAAAUUAUAACAACUCGAGUAAAGUUUCAAAAAUUUUACCGCAUGUUGGGCACCGAGAAAUCGCUUGAAA